GGUACUGAAGUAGCUGAAAUGCGAAAAAGGCAGCAGUCACAAAAUGAAGGAACACCUGCUGUGUCUCAAGCACCUGGAAACCAGAGGCCCAACAACACAUGCUGCUUUUGCUGGUGCUGUUGUUGCAGCUGCUCCUGCCUCACUGUUAGAAAUGAAGAAAGAGGAGAAAAUGCAGGAAGACCCACACAUACCACAAAAAUGGAGAGUAUCCAGGUCCUAGAGGAAUGCCAAAACCCCACUGCAGAUGAAGUCUUGUCCUGGUCUCAAAAUUUUGACAAGAUGAUGAAGACCCCAGCAGGAAGAAACCUUUUCAGAGAGUUCCUCCGAACAGAAUACAGUGAAGAGAACCUCCUUUUCUGGCUUGCCUGUGAAGACUUAAAGAAAGAGCAGAACAAAAAAGUAAUUGAGGAAAAGGCCAGAAUGAUAUAUGAAGAUUACAUUUCUAUACUGUCACCAAAAGAGGUCAGUCUUGAUUCUCGAGUUAGAGAGGUGAUCAAUAGAAAUCUGUUGGAUCCUAAUCCUCACAUGUAUGAAGAUGCCCAACUUCAGAUAUAUACCUUAAUGCACAGAGAUUCUUUUCCAAGGUUUUUGAACUCUCAAAUUUAUAAGUCAUUUCUUCAAAGUACUGCCGGCUCUUCUUCUGAAUCUUAA